CUCAUCAUUGUGGGCUCGUUUCCAUCAUUGGUAGCUUGGCCCUUGGCGCCAUGCCACCCAAAUUGCCAGAGGGCAAGUACUGCGAACUGCCCCAGCAAGGUGUAAAGCUCUACUACGAGAUUCAAGGUCCUCUUCGUCGGGAUUUUCAAGGGGAGAAGGAGGAAGUGCUUUUCCUGCUAAUGGGCUCAGUGGCGGACCUGCGAAAGACCACGGAUCAGCAGUUUGUCAAUGCGGGACUCGGAAUGUUCAAAGUCUUCACCUUUGAUCAUCGCAACACUGGACGGUCAAGCAUCAAGGAUGAGCCUUGUAGCAUGGAAGAUUAUGCUGAUGAUGCUGCGGCCUUACUGGAGGCUGUUAUGCCACAGAGGCUCCCCGUUUGCGUCAUGGGCGUGUCCUUUGGCGCGAUGGUGGCGCAGCACAUGGCGCUCCGACAUCCGAAGCUCAUCAAGCGCUUAGUGCUUUGCUGCGGUCCAAGUGGUGGAGAUGGCGGUAUGUCGUAUCCCAUCCAUGAGUGGUACAGCCCCGGCGUCUCCAUGGAGGAUCGAGUGACGCGAAGGAUCUUCCAGGCGAAUCGUUCCAGGGAUGCCGCGUGGAAGCAAAGGUGCAAGAGUGAGUGGGAGAUGGUUUACACGCUGUUGAUGAGAGAUGAGAAAGUUGGUCUUGAUGAGCCACUUCGUGCUGAGGGGAUACAUCGGCAACUGGAAGCUAGGAAACAGCAUGAUGUGUGGGCCAGGUUGCCAGAGCUCCAGAUCGAAACGCUGGUCUGCGGAAGUCCAGAAGACAACAUCACACCUGUGGAGCUUCUGGAAAAACUCGCUGCACGCAUUGGAUGCGAGAAGAAGCUCGAUUUCGAGGGCGGUCAUGCGUUUGCAGCGGCGGAUGCGAAGUGUUUGCCUUUCAUCAACGACUGGCUGAGGAGGCCCAGUGUGUCUGCCGAGACGUCCAAUGGUCACAGUGUGCUAUGGAAAGUCAUAGGAGGAGCAGACAAAGGUGGCAUCAUCGUGAGAAGUGGCCCUGGAUUGACUGAUGAGUUGGCAAAGGAACGCCUCACCACGGGCGCACUGGUGGAGGAGGUCGAGAGCCGCGGCGACCGGAUCCGUUAUCGAUUACAACAGGGUACAGGUCCUCGUGAAGGUUGGGUCACAGUAAGGUUGGCUGGCGGCAAGGAAUUGCUGAGUAGGGCUUGAGUAAAUGAUUAAGAUUAUCGAUUGAUUAAAAAAUA